AUGGUGAAGAAAACGAAUUUGAGUAUUUUAUUAGAAAAAGGAACGACUAAAACUAAAAAUGAAUGUGACCAAAUUAUAAAAAUUAUCAAUACUCAGCUUAAGUCCAUCUUCAACUAUUCUCAAUCAUGGUCAUCAAUAUUUAAAUUGAAUUAUUUAAAACAAUUACAUGUUGAUUAUUUAAGAUAUGCACCAUUUACAAGUCAUGAUGUACCAGAAUUGCAAGCAAAAAAUUAG